GAAGCCGCGUCGACGAAGGAUUUGUGAAUAACCGCGCUGCUAUUCGGGUGAGACAAGGACGAACGCAGAAGGAGAGAGAGCCAAGUCGGGACAAGACGCGCUACCACUUGUGUGUUCCCUUCUUCGUCGUACCUUUCCACUUCAUCAUCGUUCUCGCCGUUUUCUCUCCGCUCCGAGAGUCAUCACCCGCCGCGUCCACCCAUCUUCUCCCUCAAGUUUUCCUUCUUCUCUCUGUGCUCCCGUUCCACCUCCGCACAUCCUUCUCUCCACUACCACCGCCAUCACCUAUACCUCUUCCUCCCUCGCCGCCUCUUUUCUACCUCUACCACUUCAACGAGGUCGAGGAAGGAACAUCCUGGACGUUCCCCGUGGAAUCGAGGGAGGCUACCUUCACACACGGAAACGACAACUGGUGGGUAUCGGUGAGUCGGUUCGGUAGGGAGGUGUCUCCCGAUCCCUCCAACCAGAAGAAGCGAGAGACGACGACGACGACGACGAGGAGAGACCUUUGGCGGUUACACACUGCGUCCUACCGUCUUCUGGUGUGCCUACCUAUUCGGGCUACCAGCCAACCGACCGGCCAAGCUUCAGUCGACGCCGCGCAUCCAAACGGUCCAGACCUGUCAGCCCGGAAGACACACGCGCACCAUAGACACUUUCUCACGAGACCCUGUUUAAGUAACACGGUUUACUACUGUCGUGUGACGCUGAGUACACUCGCAGUUCGCUCUAGAACCCGUUUCCGCGAGUUUUCGUUCUUCGUUCGCUUUUGUCGCAGAAUUUUUCUUCGACGGAAGAGUUACCUGAGCUCCAGGACAAUCUUUUUAUCCGCCCGGCAUCAGCGAGAGGAUCCUCUCGCGACUUGGCGCAAGCAGUGAUCUCACUCCCAGGAAUCAGCUAGCUUUACGCGGGAGGAGAAGAGAACCGAGACAGGGUUCGAGGAAGACAGAUAAAAAGAACGAGACAGAGAGAGAUAGGAGCACGUCAAAGAACGAGAAGGAGCAACGCAGAGUGAAAGAGGACAACAGAGGGAGACAGACCCAAAGUGGUGGGAGCGAUUCCGAGCGAAAAGAGUGAGAGAGAGAGCCAGUAGGAGGGAAAGGAGAAGACAGAGAGAGACUCGACCAAGAGAAGGAGCAGUGGGAAUUUAUAAGGAUGUUCGCGAUAAUGCCGAUGGAGACAGAGGGGCACGGCAGGGAGUUCGGCCGCCGGCAGAAGAUGCGCGCCAAGUGCACGACGUACCAGGAGUACGUCUGCAGGUACUGCCAGCGGCGCUUCACCAAGUCCUACAACCUCAUGAUCCACGAGCGCAGCCACAAGAUCGACGUGACCUUCACCUGCGAGGUCUGCGGAAAGUCCUUCAAGCGGCAGGACAAUCUCAAGCAGCACAGGAGCAUACACUCUGUUCCCUACAACGGCUCCAACGGCUACUCAAAUGGCUAUUCAAAUGGCUACUCUAGGUAUUAGAAGCCAUCCGGCCAACUACUAUCCUAAAAAAAUUCCCGUAGACACGCGAAAUCUCUCUUUCUCUAUCGAAAUGCUCUAACUUCAUCGACCGACCAGCUCUUCCCCCCAGUUCUGCCUCCUAUGAUGAAAAAGCGACAAUCCUCCGCCGAGCCACAUUUGUCGGAGACGAAUCCCCGUCUCUGCGAAUCGCAGGGGAAUCGCGAAGCUCCAUCGAUCUUUUUUCCCGAUUUGUUUCCUUUUUUCUUGUAUCGUUCACCACCUCGCCUACCAACCUCGCAUUUUUAGUUUUGUUCGUCCUCGCUUCUUUUGAUCAUUUUUUCCCGCUUCUCUCAUCCUCCUCUAUCCCGAGCCUACACCCAGACGUCAGCCACAUCCUCGAGGAGAAAUCAUCGUCGACCCGAUGUCCAACACGAAGCAUCAGAGCCGAUGACAGCGAUAUCUACAGGAAUACGAACGAUCGUAGCUUUGCUUCCUGUAUAAAUUUUGUCGAAUCUCAAACGGGUAAUUGAUAGCGUCUUCUGUAGGAAAAAAUCGCUGGCGUUCCUAAUUCUUGAAUUUGAUGUCGGGGUUAGAUCCACCAGAGCUACUAGCUAGUUUUAAAUAUGUUUUUUGAACUCAAUUUUAAGGAAAUGAGCAAUAUUGAACAAAAAAAAUAAUGUAAUGUUACCCCAAUAAAAUGUGGAACACUCAGAAUACGCUCGCUAAUACUACCAACGAAAUGUGCACUUGAAACACUAAGUGCAAGCGAGUUUUUCCCCAGUGAAGACGCUAUGAUACAUUCUUCUGUAAAAUACGAUCGAUACAUGAUAUUCAAAGCGUACGUAAAAUUUCUUAAUUUUGUGCGGGAUGACUAAACCGGGAGUCUUUUCCCGAUCAAGCUAUUUAUAAAUCAUUUAAAACUUUAUUGUUGCAUGUGAUUAGAUAACAUAUCGUACAAUUCGAAUAAGAUACGAAGAAGAAAGAUAUAUACGACGCUAGAUCGGAAGAGAUAAUUUUCACUUAUCACUUUAGAAGUCAUCAUCAAAUCUACUUUAAAUACGCGCACCUAUAUUUUUCAUCGAAAUUUCCGUCUUCACAAGAGACAACGAAAAGUACUCGCAAUAUAAACCAAUCGUCGAACGAGGAAGAGAAAUCAAGACAAUGACUCUUCCAUCACACGAGACAGCUGAUGGGGAAAGAAACCGCAAGCAGACGAGCCACUUUCUUCCGCAUUUUCCUAACGAGGAAGUCGAGGACUCCUCCCCGGGCUAACAUCCCAAAUUGGACUACGUAAUGACCUACCUACCUAGCGUCUACGGUCGGAGAAGAUGCGCUUGUGUUCGCUUCCUCGCGUGCUACCGUAGAACCACGCCCAGGCCCGGAGCGACGUCUCUUCCUGACCUCCUCGCCACCUGGCAAUCAACCGCGAAGAGCUACCCGGCUUCCCCGUUUGGUAAAUCCGUAUAAUCUCGCUAGAGAUCCACCUCCAUAGAACACGAAGAUGCGAGAGAUCGACUAGCGAACGAGCGAGAUUGUCGCGAAGAUUAUCGUCGCGACCGGACAGCCUUGGCUUGUCCACGUGGUGCAAAUACCAGUCAGCUGAGAUCGGUUUCCAGUGGGUGAACCCUCGGCCAAGUGUCUCUUCGAUUGAGCCCGGCCUGGCCAACUCGAGUGGAAUAAGGAUCAACCGUUAUUCUCUGCGAGCGUCUCUCGAUCGUAUCUUUCUUUUUUCUUUUUUUAUAUAUGUCAUCCGGUUUUUUCUCCCUCUUUUUUUUUCCUCUUUCGUCGAUAAAGCGUUGCUUGAAAACGCGACGUCGCGCGACAGACGGACGGGAAUAUUCGCGUCGGAGCGAAGGUGUAGGUGUAAGCGAUAUGGUAGGUUUUUGAGAUCUCCCAUUUGCCUCUCGAGCAAGACACGCUAAAACGCGAGUUGUAAACCGUGUGUGGGAUAUAUGUAUGAGCGCGCGUGUGGCGAGCACAAAUAUAAUAUAAUAUAAUCGUGUUGAGUAAAGCCUUCGGAAACCUUCGGUCCUCUCGGUUUUUAGAGAAAACGGUAGGAAGAUACAAGACGCAUUUAUAUCGUAAUGGAUAUCCAUAAAACGUAAAGAGUUCAAUGAAAACGUCAAUGAUUUUAUUUAUCGUCAUUUAUAAAAUUUUACGCCCAUUUUUCGACGAUGUAAGCGCAGAUGCAAAUUUUAUUACGCCCAAGACUAUAUUACAUCGCAUUUUUUUCCCCCGAGAAAGUCACACUUUGGUUUGUCUUAUAAUGUAUUUUUUUUUUUUUUUUUAUAUUACAUAUUAAAUAGUUUUGGUCUACUGUAUUUGUAUCUUUUUCUCUAAUAUCUAUAUUAUUAUAUUUGAUGCUAAACACACAGCGAUCUAUAGAUAUAUAUUACGCAAAAAGAUGGAAUCAUUUACAUUACCAUGAUAAAUUAUCACUGUUUCUUGCUGUAAUCGUCCUUCGAUUCGCUUCCAUAUAUUGUAAAAAAUGUAUUUCUCGUGUAUAAAAAUUUAAUAUAAUUUUUGCGGCAUGUUUUUUUUCUAAACUGUACAUUAAAAGGAGAGAAAGUGACUUUGAGAGAAAAGGGACUUGUAUGUUAAUGAGGAUUAAGAAAUUUACGUGAAUCUCUUUGGUUGUAACAUACAUCCUUUUUCUCUCGUGUCGCUAAAAAUUUUUCAUUAUUUUUAAACGCGAGAGAAAAUUACAUAAUACAUAAUGAAUUACACAAAAUACGUGCGAAAGUUUCGGCUACGGCCUCUCGAGAACAUCGAGAGCUGCCAAUCAGCCGACAAAACUCACGUAAACACAAACAGAUUAAUAUUUAAAAAAAAAUUAAAAAUGACAAAAAAGAUCCAUGAUGGCUUCGAGAAAGAAGCGGAAGCAGGAUUUCAUCUUUCUUCAUCUGUAACUCCGUUUUCGAUUCCCCUUUAAGGGCGGAAUGGAAGAUCGUGCGGUCGUACUUUGUACAUAGCUUGCAAAAACUGCGCAUCUUUAAUAUUAUUAUUAUAUUAUUAUUAUUGAUUAUUAAUUAAUAUUAUUAUUAAUUAUUUUACGAAUGUUAUCGAGAAAUAGCGCUUAGUCAUUCUGUACUGUAGUCGCCGAUAAGGCUUCAAAAGAGUGUAGAGAACCGCACUUUCGUUUGUACGCGAUAUUGAUAGGAGUGAUAAUAAUGUUAUUUUAUUUUUUAUUAUAAUAUAAAAUAUUAUUAUAUUAUUA